CCGGAAGUCGUCAGUACAGCACCGCGUUCAUCAUACGAUUGUGUUGUUGCAGUAGUGCUAGCUGUGUUUGUUUAGUACUUACAUUUUCUCUGAUCAAGUAAAUACAAAAUAAUGUCUUAAUAACAACGCGCAUACAAUAAGUUAGCUUUGCUAUUAUGAUGUCUUUCUACUGUUAAUAUUAACGUUACGUAAAUAUUUACCGGUUUGCCGUGUUAUAAUCAACUGAAGUGCAGCAGAGAGCAGUAAGGUACAUAUAGCACAUUUAGCCGCGAACAGAGCCGAUAUGGGUUCAUCAAAGAAACACAAGGAGAAGGAGAAGGAGAAGGACCGGGAUCCAGAGGACCGGCACCGUGAGCACAAGAAACACCGUCACAAGGAUCGAGACAAGGAUAAGGACCGCGAGCGAGAGAAGAGAAAGAGAUCCCGCUCCAGAGAGAGGAGCAGCCGGGGAGCAGAGAAAGACAGGAGCGGUAAAGCAGAGAGGAGCAAUGCGGAGCCAAGAGUCAAGAAAGAGAAGCUUGAUCCUGCUUUCGAGGGCAACAGCGAGCCAGGUCCCAAAUCUGCCAGUGGUGAUGCUUCACUCAGCAUUGAAGAGACCAAUAAACUGAGAGCCAAACUAGGUUUGAAACCCCUUGAUCUCAAUGAAAACAAGAAAGAGACUGGAACUAAGGAGGAGCCCCUCCUGGCCGAGACCAUCAAUCCUGUCCAUAUCAAACAACAAGCUGAGAUGAGAGAGAAACUGGCUGCUCUCAAAGAGAAGCGUCUGCUCAAUCAGAAACUGGGGAAGGUGAAGGUGCUUGGGGACGAAGAACCAUGGCUGGAUGACACAGCUGCCUGGGUGGAGAGGAGUCGCAAACUAGCCAAGGAGAAGGAAAUGGCGGAGAAGAGGGCCAAGCUCCUGGAGGAGAUGGAUGAAGAGUUUGGUGUGAGCAAUCUGGUCGAGCAGGAGUUUGCACAGGAAAAGAGGGACUCAUAUGGCUCACGUAAUCUCAAAGGGCUGAAGGUUCAACACAAGAUGGAGUCUUUCAGAGAGGGGGAAACCAUUAUCUUAACUCUAGAAGACAAAGGCGUUCUGGAGGAGAAGGAGGAUGUGCUGGUGAAUGUGGGUCUGGUAGACAAAGAGAAAGCAGAAAAAAAUGUGGAGCUAAAGAAGAAGAAGCCAGAUUAUAAACCUUACGAAGAAGAGGAGAGUGUGGAUGACAUGGUCAUUUUGAAGCCAAAGUCUGUGCUGUCAAAGUACGAUGAGGAGAUCGACGGGGAGAAGAAGAAGAGUUUCAGGCUUAGUACUGGAGGUUUUGUGGGAGGUGAGAGAGAGCGGGAGCUGCAGGCCAUCAGAGAGAACCUGCGCAAUCAGGCCCAGUCUCUGGACAUGCCUGCUCUCACCCUCGCCAGUGAAUACUACACACCACAUGAGAUGGUGGGCUUUAAGAAGACCAAAUGCAAAGUCAAGAAAAUCAGAAAGAAAGAGAAAGUACUCAAGGCUCAUGACCUCUUGGUGGAUGAAACUCGAAGCACAGAUUUUGGCUCCAGGUCUCGAGGUCGAGGUAGAAAGCAAGCUGAUAAGGAGGAGAGGGCGGAGCCUGGAGAUAUUGCUAUAGAAACUAGCAGCAAGGCCAGUGAUGUCCUCCAGCAGUCAGAUGACAUUAGAAUGGCUGACAUGGACAUUAGUGAUGAUGAGGACUUCACCCCUCCAGAGCCUGCUGUAUUAGAAGAGGAUGAAGCUGAGCAGGAGCUCCAGAAACAGCUUGAGAAACAAAGGAAACUCAGACAAAAACAAAUGCUCAAAGACUCGGGAGAAAAGGUGGCUCAGCACAUGAAUCAAUUGGUGAAGACAGAAGAGGAUGACAACGACCCAGACAAAAGAAACAACAUUGUCUUUAAUGCCACCUCUGAAUUUUGCCGCACUCUUGGAGACAUCCCCACCUACGGGCUGUCAGGCAACCGAGAGGACCAAGAGGAUAUUAUGGACUUUGAAAAGGACAAUGAGAAAGAAGGAGGCGGACAGUCAGACUCUGAUAUGGAUGACAAUGUGGGCUGGAGCACCGUCAACCUGGAUGAGGAGAAAAACCAGGCAGAUUUCUCAACAGCCUCCACGACUAUUCUGGAUGAAGAGCCCAUUGUGAACUCUGGUCUCGCUGCUGCUCUACUUCUGUGCAAAAACAAAGGACUGCUGGACACACAGAUGCAGAAGGUGGCUCGUGUCAAAGCCCCAAAAGGAGCUCUGCCAAAUGAUAACUACUGCAUCGAAGACAAGAUGAAUAUUGAUGACAAGUACAGCAGGAGGGAGGAAUACAGAGGCUUCACACAGGAUUUCAAAGAAAAGGAUAACUACAAGCCAGACAUCAAGAUCGAAUACGUUGACGAAUCUGGUCGCAAGCUCUGCCCUAAAGAGGCUUUCAGACAGCUGUCCCAUCGUUUCCAUGGGAAGGGCUCUGGCAAGAUGAAGACGGAGCGGAGGAUGAAAAAGCUUGAGGAAGAGGCGCUGCUGAAGAAGAUGAGCAGCAGUGACACUCCUCUUGGCACCGUUGCUCUUCUGCAGGAAAAGCAGAAGUCCCAGAAAACUCCUUAUAUUGUGCUGAGUGGCAGCGGAAAGAGCAUGAAUGCGAAUACCAUUACAAAAUAAAUCUGGAUACUGGAACCAAACAACAGUUCUUUCACACAAAAUCUACUCAUUUUAGCCAUCUUUUAAACGAAUAAACUAGUUGUGUAUAUACAAACAUUGUUUGUUUUGUGUGUAAAUUCAUACCCCUUGAUUUGAUUUCUUGAUUCAUGUAAUUUUCUGUAGAACACUGUAUUCUUUGUUUUUUUUCCCCCCCCAUUAAAAACUGUUGCGAUUUAAA